UCAGGAGGCCGAGGGCGUGCGCGGCAGGGAGUGCCCGGAGCCCGGACGGCGGGCGGCUGCACGCGGGACCCCGGUUCCCCGGCGGGUGCGUUCCAGCGGCACCGCCAGGCUCCUUGUUCCCCCACUUCUGACAUCUCUGGAGUGCCCAACAAUGACGACCAGGGUCAGCGUGGACACCCUUCCGGAGUAUGAGAAGAGUCAGAUCAAGAGGGCCCUGGAGCUGGGGACGGUGAUGACCGUGUUCAGCUUCCGCAAGUCCACGCCUGAGCGCCGGACCGUCCAGGUGAUCAUGGAGACGCGGCAGGUGGCCUGGAGCAAGACGGCUGACAAGAUCGAGGGCUUUUUGGAUAUCAUGGAAAUAAAGGAGAUCCGCCCAGGGAAAAGCUCCAAGGACUUUGAGCGUGCAAAAACAGUCCGCCAGAAAGAAGACUGCUGCUUCACCAUUUUCUAUGGCACCCAGUUUGUCCUCAGCACACUAAGUUUAGCAGCGGACUCUAAGGAGGAUGCAGUUAAGUGGCUUUCGGGCUUGAAGAUCUUACACCAAGAAGCAAUGAGCGCCUCCACACCCACGGUUAUUGAGAGUUGGCUGAGAAAGCAGAUUUAUUCUGUGGAUCAAACCAGGAGAAACAGCAUCAGCCUCCGAGAGUUGAAGACCAUCUUGCCCAUGGUCAACUUUAAAGUGAGCAGUGCCAAGCUCCUCAAAGAUAAGUUUGUGGAAAUAGGCGCGCACAGAGAUGAGCUCAGCUUUGAACAGUUCCAUCUCUUCUAUAAAAAACUCAUGUUUGAACAGCAAAAAUCGAUUCUUGACGAAUUCAAGAAAGAUUCUUCCGUCUUCAUCCUGGGGAGCACCGACCGGCCAGAUGCCUCCGCUGUUCACCUGCACGACUUCCAGAGGUUUCUCUUACAUGAACAGCAGGAGGUUUGGGCUCAGGAUCUAAACAAAGUCCGCGAGCGGAUGACCAAGUUUAUUGAUGACACAAUGAGGGAAACGGCUGAGCCCUUCUUGUUUGUUGAUGAGUUCCUCACGUACCUGUUCUCACGAGAAAACAGUAUCUGGGAUGAGAAGUAUGAUGUGGUCGAGAUGCAGGACAUGAAUAACCCCUUGUCUCACUACUGGAUCUCCUCUUCACAUAACACGUAUCUCACGGGUGACCAGCUGCGGAGCGAGUCGUCCACGGAGGCAUACGUCCGCUCUCUGCGAAUGGGCUGUCGCUGCAUUGAGCUGGACUGCUGGGAUGGGCCAGACGGGAAACCCAUUAUCUACCAUGGCUGGACGAGGACCACCAAGAUCAAGUUUGACGAUGUUGUGCAGGCCAUCAAAGACCACGCCUUUGUCACCUCAAGCUUCCCCGUGAUCCUGUCCAUUGAGCAGCACUGCAGUGUGGAGCAGCAGCGCUACAUGGCCAAGGUGUUCAAGGAGGUGCUGGAUGACCUGCUGCUCACCAAGCCCACGGAGGCCAGCGCCGACCAGCUGCCCUCGCCCAGCCAGCUGCGUGAGAAGAUCAUUAUCAAGCAUAAGAAGCUAGGCCCCCGAGGCGAUGUGGAUGUCAACGUGGAGGACAAGAAGGAUGAGCACAAGCAACAGGGUGAACUGUACAUGUGGGAUUCCAUCGACCAGAAAUGGACUCGGCACUACUGCGCUAUUGCUGAUGCCAAGCUGUCCUUCAGUGAUGAUAUUGAGCAGACAGUUGAAGAGGAGCUGCCCCAGGACACGCCCCCCACAGAGCUGCACUUUGGGGAGAAGUGGUUCCACAAAAAGGUUGAAAAGAGGACCAGUGCCGAGAAGCUGCUGCAGGAGUACUGUGCUGAGUCGGGGGGCAAGGACGGGACCUUCUUGGUGCGGGAGAGUGAGACCUACCCCAACGACUACACGCUGUCCUUCUGGCGGUCGGGCCGGGUCCAGCACUGCCGCAUCCGGUCCACCAUGGAGGGCGGGACCCUGAAGUACUACCUGACUGACAACCUCAUGUUCACCAGCAUCUAUGCCCUCAUCCAGCACUACCGCGAGAGCCACCUGCGCUGCGCUGAGUUCGAGCUGCGGCUCACCGACCCCGUGCCCAACCCCAACCCGCACGAGUCGAAGCCGUGGUACUACGACAGUCUGAGCCGUGGGGAAGCAGAGGACAUGCUGAUGAGGGUCCCCCGGGACGGGGCCUUCCUGGUACGGAAGCGAGAAGGUGCUGAUUCCUACGCCAUCACCUUCAGGGCCAGGGGCAAGGUGAAGCACUGUCGCAUCAACCGGGACGGCCGGCACUUUGUGCUGGGGACCUCAGCCUACUUCGAGAGCCUGGUGGAGCUGGUCAGCUACUAUGAGAAGCACGCGCUCUACCGCAAGAUGAAGCUGCGCUACCCUGUGACCCCUGAGCUACUGGAGCGCUACAACAUGGAAAGAGAUGUAAACUCCCUCUAUGACGUCAGCAGGAUGUAUGUGGAUCCAAGUGAAAUCAAUCCUUCCAUGCCUCAGAGAACCGUGAAAGCUCUGUAUGACUACAAAGCCAAGCGAAGCGACGAGCUUAGCUUCUGCCGUGGUGCUCUCAUCCACAAUGUCUCCAAGGAGCCUGGGGGCUGGUGGAAAGGUGACUAUGGGGCCCGAAUCCAGCAGUACUUCCCGUCGAACUAUGUCGAGGACAUUUCAACAGUUGACGUCGACGAGCUAGAAAAGCAGAUCAUUGAAGACAAUCCCUUAGGGUCUCUUUGCAGAGGAAUAUUGGACCUCAAUACCUAUAACGUCGUGAAAGCCCCACAAGGGAAAAACCAGAAGUCUUUCGUCUUCAUCCUGGAGCCCAAGAAGCAGGGUGACCCCCCGGUGGAGUUCGCCACAGACAGGGUGGAGGAGCUCUUUGAGUGGUUCCAGAGCAUCCGAGAGAUCACCUGGAAGAUCGACACCAAGGAGAACAACAUGAAGUACUGGGAGAAGAACCAGUCAAUCGCCAUUGAGCUCUCUGAUCUGGUUGUCUACUGCAAACCAACCAGCAAAACCAAGGAUAACUUAGAAAACCCCGACUUCCGAGAAAUCCGCUCCUUCGUGGAGACCAAGGCAGACAGCAUCGUCAGACAGAAGCCCAUCGAUCUCCUGAAGUACAACCAGAAGGGCCUGACCCGUGUUUACCCCAAGGGACAAAGGGUUGACUCUUCAAACUAUGACCCUCUUCGCCUCUGGCUAUGUGGCUCCCAGAUGGUGGCGCUCAACUUCCAGACGGCAGAUAAGUACAUGCAGAUGAAUCACGCCUUAUUUUCCCUCAAUGGGCGAACGGGCUACGUCCUACAGCCCGAGAGCAUGAGGACCGAGAAGUAUGACCCCCUGCCGCCCGAGCCCCAGAGGAAGAUCCUGAUGACUCUGACAGUCAAGGUUCUCGGCGCCCGCCAUCUCCCCAAGCUCGGACGAAGCAUCGCCUGUCCUUUUGUAGAGGUGGAAAUAUGUGGAGCCGAGUAUGACAACAACAAGUUUAAGACAACAGUUGUGAAUGAUAAUGGCUUAAGUCCUGUCUGGGCUUCAACACAGGAGAAGGUGACGUUUGAAAUUUAUGACCCAAACCUCGCGUUUCUGCGCUUUGUGGUUUACGAGGAAGAUAUGUUCAGCGAUCCCAACUUCCUUGCUCAUGCUACUUACCCCAUUAAGGGAAUCAAAUCAGGAUUUAGAUCAGUUCCUCUCAAGAACGGGUACAGUGAAGACAUAGAGCUGGCGUCCCUCCUGGUUUUCUGUGAAAUGCGGCCUGUCCUGGAGAGUGAAGAGGAACUUUACUCCUCCUGUCGCCAGCUGCGGAGGCGGCAAGAAGAGCUGAACAACCAGCUCUUUUUGUAUGACACACACCAGAACUUACGCAACGCCAACCGGGACGCCCUGGUUAAGGAGUUCAAUGUCAAUGAGAACCAGCUCCAGCUGUACCAGGAGAAGUGCAACCGGAGGUUGAGAGAGAAGAGAGUCAGCAACAGCAAGUUUUACUCAUAGAAGCCAGGGUAUGUGUGUGUGUGUGUUUGCACGUAUGAAAAUGUAUUCUACUCAGACCAUUGAAAGAGGCUGAUCUGUGACAUCAUCCUCUCUUCAAACCUGUCAUCAAGAUGACAUUUCCAAAGAAGAUCCAACCGCCAUGCGUUGGGAUGAUUUCCUGCUAACUUUUUCAUCUUGGACUUUCUUAACUUAUAUUCUCCAUAAGGACCCUAUAGAGGGUUGCUAAAAUGUGCUCCUCAUUUUGGGCCUCUUGUGUUCCAAACCUCAUUGAAUAAAAGCAAUGAAAGUCUCAAUAAGUUAAAUCUUCUGUGCCCGACCUAUAUACUGAGCAAGAUUCUGCCUCUAAAGACCCAGGUAACUAAUUGACUUCCAUGGAAGAGGAGCCCAAAAUGUAAGGAACUAAUUCAUUAGACUCUGGAAAGGAUUUUUACUCAAAGACAAACGAUUCCACAGUUAAGGCCACUGGAUUCCACAAGGGCCCAAAGAGGAGUCCUGCCCCAGGUCAGCAGGCUCAGCUCAAUGCACUUAACUACCACCAGCAGGCUGGCUAGCUAGACUGACCUCCUGCCUGGACCUGCUGCAGUACAUGAGAGGUGGUUAGCUGAUGGACUCUUUGGUCAUGAAGAUAAUUUCUAAAUGCCCUCUGUCCAGCUUAAUUGGUGGUAGACACUUGCCUCCUGUCUGGAGUUGUUGGGGAAGGGAGUGGAAGUCUUAGGGCCUCUGUUUCCAAAUGCCUGUCAGAGAGACCAGGUCCUUCUGAAGACUCAUCCAGUUCAUUCCUGGCCCCUUCCCCACUCGUCACCCGAGGGUUCCAGGCACAUGAGACCCCUGGGAAGUCUGCUGCCUUCCACAAAGAGGUAGUUUACUGGUCUAAAGAGACAGAUGAAAAUUAGGCUUCAUGGGAAAUUUCUCUGGGUUGCCCAGCUUUCAGGGAGAGAAAGCUAAGCCUCAGUGGUGUAAGCAUUAGGAAAAAAAAAAAAAAAAAGGAAGCUACAGAAAAUCUCAGAUGCAGCCCUUCCCAAAGGGGCAAACCAUCCAGUUGGCUCUCUACCUUGAGAUACAGCUUCAGCUGACUGAAGGCUUUUUAAAGGUGAGGAUAGUGUUGGGAGGGUGGUCAGAGAGUCACAACUUCUCACGCAGGAUGACUCGAGAACUGUCAGAGGAGGGAAAGGUAUAACUGGAGAGACAGUGAUUGCAGUGCAGAGGACCAAACCAGCUGUGAGCAGAGUGGCUUCAUUCAGAUGGAACUGGGUCUGAGAAGCCCAUUCAGCCUUCCCUUAAUUAUCCCAAAUGCUGAGCUUAGCAUGUGCAGUACUGAUGUAGAGAAGAUGAGAAAAAACCAGGUUCUGGCUGAUCAAAAGUCUAUCCUUCAGGUCACAAAGAUUUACUGAGCAUCGUCACAUGCCAGGCUCUGUGCCAGGGACUGGGGGUACAAUGUUUAAAAAAAAAAAAAAAAAUCCACGGUUACUGGUCUCAUGGAACACACAGUAAAACCUGUGAAAGCCAGAAUCUGUGUAAGGUGGGAACCUGUCAGAGAAGGAAAAUUCAAAUAUUUUUCACUAAAAAGAGCGGCAGAAGAGUGGUAAGACUUUACCCUGUCAAAAUUGGGAAACUUGUGAGACCUGGAAAAACGAGGCAGUCCCAUGGUGUUCCGGCUCUCACAGGUUUCGCUGUACAUAUCCAUCCACGUGCUCCGUAAAGACAUGCAUUUUACCUCCCCUAAAGCUGGUUUUUUUUUUAAAGCUGGGAGUAUAGUAAAAGGAGUCUGACCAAGGUGGACUGUUGACCUGUGGCAUUACAUCAGUUAUCCCUUGAAUUAGGAACAGUGAACAAUGGAAAGAAUACUCCUGAUGAUAGAUAGCAUUGUUGAGAGCAACUUUGAAAGGAUCGGUGAAAAUGGCACUGAGCUUAAAGCUGCGGGGAAGGAGGUGCAGAUUCUGUGGCCCAUUAGCUGUUGGCCAUGUAGCCUCUGGAGCCUAAUUAUUGCACGCCACAACUCCCCACCCUUUCAGCUCUAUCAUUACUUCUAUAUAGUAGAGCUUAAGUGUUGCUGUCUUUACGUCCGCUUUCAGCUUACAGAUGAGUGUAAAAGAAGGAAGUUUUCCCACCUCACUCCAUUUUAAAGCCAAAAUGCUAAGACCUGGAUCCCUUUCUGCUUAAAAUGGUAUUUUUCUACUGUCUCAAAGAAAUUGAGAAAUAGCAGGAUAGACGGCAGAAGCUAAGCAUCUAUUCAGCCGCUCUUGUGUAAAAUCCAUACCCAGCCAUACCUAUACAGAGAAAGAGCAAGGGGUGGGUUAUAAUACAAAUGGUGCAGGGAAGAACCCUCUACCUAAAAUUAUUUCCUUCUCCUAGGUACUACAAUGACUUGAAUCCACCAUUAGAAAGUACUUGCUUUGGUUCGUCCAUCCUGCCUGUAAUAGGGUAACACACUUAAGCUGGUUCUUAGCGGUAUGAGGGACUUGGCCAAUUCCACCAGGGAAGACACAGGGAGAGAAAGUGAAGGGCACAGAUGACAUCACUGCUCCUCCCAAAGGCUGCCCACUGCCAUGUUAUCUAAGCCUAAAAUAUCUAGCUGAGAUGUGCUUAUUACCUGACUCUUAAACCACAGCUGAUUCAGGUAAAGCAGAAUCAUGACAGGAAUGUUCUAAAAGAUGGCAGAAGCACUGUUGAGUCAAAACCAUGGCUGCGUAUGGGCUAAAUUGUUUUUGUUCUCCAUUUUGCUAAGUAUAUUAUUUAGAAUAUUAGGUACUGCAUGGAAAAAUAGGGGAGGGAGGGCGGUUAGGUCGUUUGAGUUGGGAAAUUUAGAUUACACAAAGUUAAAUGGUUUCUCUACUGUGAGACUUGAAUAUUCUAUCAUGCUGAGUUAAGAGGGGUAUGGAAUGUCACAUUUCCCAAAUUUGAUCUCAAUCUUUUUUUGCCAAGAGGGAGCCCAUGGGACAAGUGUAGAGUAGAACACAUUUGAGGACCUGCUGCUCUAAUUAAAAAGCCAGCCAGGCAGUAUAACCUACUAAUUUAAAUACUUCCGGACCUACUUAAAGAAAAUGUAAACUUAAGCCAGUGAGAGCAGCAGUCUUUAAACUGGGCCAGCUUUACCCCUGGGAGUAUGCCAGAACAGUCCAAGGAGUACAUGGGCCAGAGUAGUUUUAAGGAUCAGUUUUCAGGUCUUUCUCUUCCUAUAAUACUCUUUCCUAAGACUCACCUGCCUGAGAAAUGCCCUUUUCUCAUUUUACAAAAGAAAACAUACCCUUCCCCAUCCUGGGUCUCACUGUAGGGCAUGACCCAAGGUGUAACUGCCUCUGGGGUAUAAAAUGCGAGUGUUCAGAAAGUGAAAGACAUAAUAACAGGGUAUAAAAUUCCUUUUGUGAGUCUGGUGGUUUCUAAUUCUUUGCUUUCCACAAAAUUGAUGCAGGGCUCAGUAGGUUUUUGAGGUUUUUAAUAUAUAACAUGGAAGGAGUUCAAAGAAUUUAAUGAUACUGCUAUCAACAGUGACCCUUCCAUUCCUAUCUACAUAUUUAUGUGAGCUAGAUUAUCACACUUCCAUAUAUAGAAACUGAAAAGAGAGAACUGAUGCUGCACCUUGGCUCAUUCUAACAAUGAUAAUAUUAAUCUACAGAUACAGAACUAAUGGGGGAGGGGAGUCUGUUCAUGUCCUCAGGAAAAACAUUUCCAACGCAAUUUUACUAUGUUUAAUUAUUUAUUUAAAUUUGUGCUAUAUUUUUUUAUUGACCAAGCAUGUACUAAAACGCAGUCCAGAAGAAACUGAUUAAAUACUUAAAGCUGUAUGAUCCGAGGAUAAUAUAAUUUUGUUACAGAUAUACAAGUUAAAUGAUAAAAAAGCAAAACAAUGUUAGGUUAAUAUUUUGAGGGGCAAGUGGAAUAUAAAUACAAAUUCAAGGAAUAAAGAGAAAAAUGGCAAUUCCUACUAUUAAAAUUGCCUCUAUAUAGUUUUUGAAAGGAUGACAGUGUCUAUCAAAUACCUGUUACAUUUAGAGCCUUUUGGCUAAAUUUAAAAAGGAAUGUAACAGUUUUAUAUAAAGAUGCAAUAUCUACAAUGUCCCAGAAGUUAUAUCCUUUGCAACUAUUUAUGAUGAAAAAUUUUAGAUGUUGAUUUAAAAAUAUGCAAGGGGAUACACAGAUUUAAAAAAUUCACUUCAGAGGUAUUUGAGCAUAAAAUCUACAAUUACUGGUCUAGAGCCACUAAAUGAUGACUUGUAUUUGUAUUUGGUGGCACAGUGGUUAAAGAGCUCAGCUGCUAACCAAAAGGUCGGCAGCUCGAAUCCACUAGCGACUCCUCGGAAACCCUAUAUGGCAGUCCUACUCUGUCCUAUAGGGUCACUAUGAGUUGGAAUCAACUAGACAGCAACAGGUUUUUAUUUGGAAAACAAGACGAAUGGCUAGAAGGAGCCCCAGUCUUUUAAUAUCUUUAAAAGGAAUAUAAUUUAACCUCCAACUUGCAUGGCAUUUGACUUUUGGGGGCAGCCCUAAAGCCAUAUCCCAGCCAAAAGAAAGUUAACAAUUAGAUUCAGAAAUAUCCAGAAUUACAAUAUUGACAUUUAAAAAAUAUUUAGUGAUUUGUUCUAGGUUUUCAGUUUUCGAAAUAUUUUCUUCUUCAGAGCCACAUUCCAUAGUGACCCUAUCUCUCAGAGAUUUCCACAUUUCUUAUUUGUAAACCUGUGUUUCAUUAUUACAGCUUAAUUUAUUUUUUAUAUAGUGUGUGCUUGCAUGUACAUAGGGUACCAUGUGAAUGGGUCACACAAAUGGUGGCUAUUGUUAAUGUGAGAAAUUAUGUAUCACAUUUAAAAAAAUAAAAAUUUGGCAUGGAUGAAUAUAGCAAUCUGCGCAAAGCUUGUUUGCUUACUCAUUUACCUUUAAAUAUUACACACUUUUUUAAUGCUCUUUUAAGAAAGGAGUACUUUAGUCAUGAGACAGGUACGCUUACAAUUCCUUUUUUUAAAUGUGUUUUUCUAUUUUAUCAUUUUUUUUUCUACGUUACAGGUCUAACUUACUUUCAGCAAAAACUUACUUGAUGUAGAAACCCAAGUUUAUAAAAUUAAUACAUGACCACUUUUCAAUUUAUCAGUCCUUGGUAGAAUGUUUAAGAGCUGGAAGUAGCAAUGCAGUUAUUAUUAUAAACAUCUGUAUUUCUCAGCUAAAUGAAGGGUUUGCUAAACCCACUGUGUUCCUACGCACAAUCCGUGGUGCACAGGAAGCCAUGUUGGUUAGGGUUAUGUGUCAGCUUGGCUGGGCAUGAUCCUCAGUGGUUUGGCAGUCAUGUAAAAUGUAAUUUGGCAGGUAUGUAAUGAUGUAGUCAUCUUCCAUGAUGUGCUCUGAUGUGAUAAGCCGAUCAAUUAUAAGGGACAUUUCCUCAGGGGUGUGGCCUGCAUGCAGUAUACACACGGAUGUUCUGGCAAAGCUUGCUCGCUUCCUCUGGAUCCUUCAUCCAGCUUAUCACCUGACUUCUGCUUCCUGAGACUUGAGUCAGCGGCCUGCCUUAUUGCCUGCUGAUUUUGGGAUUUGUAGGCCUCCACAGCCUGUGAGCCAGCAGCCUGCCAUCUGACCUGCCAGUCUUGGGUUUAUCAGCCCCUGCAGCUAUGUGAGUCAGGAGAAGCCUCCAGCCUGAUGCUUGACCCAUGGUCUUGGGACUUGUCAGCCUGUACGACUACAUGAGUCCAUUCCUUGAGAUAAAUCUUUAUAUAUGUAUACGCUUCAUUGGUUUUGCUUCUCUAGAGACCCCAGCCUAAGACAUUUGGUACCAAGUGGUUCUAGAGAAACAAAAUUUUAAGGAUGAGUUUUCUAAAUUGGUUCUCAAGCCUGACUGGUCUUAAAGGCACUGAUGACUCUGCCUCCUGUAAUAAAGAGGGCACUGCUAAUCCAUGGCAUGAGAUGGCAAUAUUAAUAUGCAAAAUAUCACCACCAAUAGACCAAGUAUUGGUGAGAAGUGAGGCUCUGGGGGAUCUCAUGUUUAAUACUUUUCUACAAUUCUGUAAGAAUGAGAAGCAUAGAGAAUGAUUUGUUUGUCCUAUUUUCGCUAGACAAAGUGGUGAAAGAAAGAGAUGAGCUCAGGACUUGAGUCACAGUUCAAGAACUGUGAAAAAGACCUCAAAGUUGCCGUUUGUGUCCUGAAAGAAAGCUUUAUUUCUUGUAGUAAUAGACCUGUUAUUGCCGAAAAUCAAACCCAGAGUCUUAUUAUAAGAGGGGCUAAAUUACAAUACCAACUGAAUUCCUAACCUUGAAUGGUGUCUGAAGUUAAAAUGAGGGCGUUGAUUGGGAAGAAAUGGGAUCCUGAAACUUGGGAUGGGGACAUAUGGGCAGAUAAUCAGGAAUCUGGUGACACUGAGUCCCUAAAUUCUGUUGAAUUACUCCUGCCUUCUUACUCCCAUCUGAAGAGAUUACUCCAUCUUUGCCUGCUAAGCCACCCUUCUCCAGGAAAAUCAUUAUUCCCUCCACCAUCAUCUGAUGAGAUUAACACAGCUGUGUCUGAAGAGCUUUUUUCUGAGGUAUUGCCUGGGGCAUUGCCUGGGUAGAGGCCUUAUAAAACAUUGGUGAAUGUUCACAAGGCCCACCCCUGCUUCUAGGCGUAUUACUAGACUUGUGUUCCAGUGAGCCCCAAAAGGUGAAGUACGAAGUGUGACCCAGGAGGAGGUACGUUAUUUUAGUUAUCUGAUGCUGCUAUAACAGAAAUACCACAAGUGGAUGACCCUAACAAACAGAAAUUUAUUCUCUCACAGGUAGACCAGAAGUUUGAAUUCAGGGUGCCAGCUCCAGAGGAAGGCAUUCUCUGUCAGCUCUGGAGGAAGGUCCUUUUCAUCAAUAUUCCCUGGUCUAGGAACUUCUCAGAGCAGGGACCCUGGGUCCAAAGGUUGUGCUCUGUUCCUGGCACUACUUUUUUGGUGGUAUGAAGUCCCUCCCUUCUCUGCUCAAUUCUCUCUUUUAUAUCUUAAAAUAGAUUGACUCAAGAUACAACCUAAUCCUGUAGAUUGAGUCCUGCCUCAUUAACGUAACUGCCUCUAAUCCUGCCUCAUUAACAUGAUAAAAAAAACCCAAACCCACUGCCAUCGAGUUGACUCUGACUCAUAGCAACCCUAUAUGACAGAGCAGAACUGCCCCACAGAGUUUCCAAGGAGUGUCCGGUGGAUUUGAACUGCUGACCUUUUGGUCAACAACCAUAGCACUUAACCACCAGGGUUUCCCGUUAACAAGAUAGAGGUUAGGAUUUACAGCACAUAGGAUAAUCAUAUCAGAUUACAAAAUGGUGGACAAUAACACAAUACUGGGAAUCACGGCCUAGCCAAGUUGACACACGUUUUUGGAGGACACAAUUCAAUCCAUAACAGGUACACUCCAAAAGAACUGCUUGGUUUUUCUAAUAUGUACAAACAGAAACUUGGGGGAUAUGUGUGGGAAUGGCUAUUAAAGGUGUGGGAUAACAGUGCAAGGAACAUAAAGUUAGAUCAGUCUGAGUUUAUUGAUAUGGGCUCAUUAAGCACAGAUUCUUCAUUCCAUAUUUUAGCCUAAGAGGAAAGGAUCUAAUAAUUUAUUUGGUUGGUUCACUGAAACAUGGAUUACGCAGUGGCCUACACUAAAUCAGGUUAAAAUACCAGACAUGCCUUGGUAUACUAUAGAAGAAGGUAUCCAAAAAGGCUUAGGGAAAUUGGCAUGUCAGGGUGGAUUUAUCAGGUUAGACCCAUACAUGGAGUGCCCAGAGGGCACACCUUUUACCACAAUGAUGAGGAACAAAUUUGUGAAGUGAGCCCCAGCAUCCUUGAAGACUGUUGUGAUUACUAUUUUAUGUUAAGUCAGAUUUGACAGUGGGAACUGCCCUAACUGAAUCAAGACACCUAAUUGACUAGACCCUGUGGUGGUAAGGACCAAGUGGCAGCACUCAAUGGACAAAGAUGAGGUGGGUGUGGUUACCAUAAUGGACAGCAGACUUAAAUAAUCAGAAUAGUCUAACUCAUAUAGACUUAUGGCACUGGCUACUUAUUCAUGGUGUCCCUAGGAGUAAAAUAGAUGGGAAGUCUACUAUUUACUUGAUCUGUACAAGUAGAAGAAUUCUAGGUCAAGUGAAUAGCGGUCUAACUUGAAUUGCCAGAAUAGAGAGUCACUGCCCCUAAAUCAAUUCCCAAACUUGAGCCAGUUUACAGACCCACAACCCCUUGAAAGAAGGGGAGGCUGGGUCCCCUUGAAGAAUGACACCACAACACUGCCAAAAAUUUAUACUGUUAAUCUUUCUCCCAGCCUUCCCCAAAGGGAUCUGUGGCCUUUUAUGAGAGUGACUGUUCACUGGGGAAAAGGAACUAAUCAGACUGUUCAGGGAUUAUGUAUACUGGCUCUGAACUGACACGAAUUCCAGGAUACCCAAAAUGUCACUGUGGCCUGCCAGUCAGAGUAGGGGCAUAUAGACGGAGGGUAUUAAUGGAGUCUUAGCUCAGGUCCAUCUCACAGCAGGUCCAUGCUGCACUAAUUUACCCGGUUCCAGAAUAUAUAAUUGGAAUAGAUACAGUUAACAACUGGCAGAAAUCCCACGAUGAAUCUCUGACAAGUGGAGUAAGGGCUAUUAUGGUAGAAGAAGUGAAGUGGAAGCCAUUAGAACUGCCUCAACCUAGGAAAAUAGUAAACCAAAAGCCAACACCACAUUCUGGGAGGGAUUGCAGAGAUUACUGCCACCAUCAAAGACUCAGAGGAUGCAGGGGUGGUGAUUCUCGCCGCAUCCUCAUUCAACUCGCCUAUUUGGCCUGUGCAAAAAACAGAUGGAUCUUAGAGAAUCACAGUGGAUUAUUUUAAACUUAUCCAGGUGGUGACUCCAGUUGCAGCUGCUGUUCCAGAAUGAGUGGCAUUGCUUGAGAAAACUAAUACAUCUCCUGGUACCUAGUGUGCAGCUCCUGAUCUGGCCAAUGCAUUUUUCUCAAUUUCAGUUUCAAAGAAACGCCAGAAGCAGUUUGCCUAGAGCUGUCAAGGCCAGCAAUAUACCUUCACUGUCCUACCUCAGAGAUAUCAGCUCUCCAGCCAUAUGUCUUAAUUUAGUCUGCAGGGACCUUGAUCACUUUCCCUUCCACAAGACGUCACACUGGUCCUUUACACUGAUGACAUUAUGCUGAUUAGACACAGUAAGGAAGAAAUGUAACUCCAGAUUUAUUGGUAAAAACAUUUGCAUGCUAGAGGGUGGGAAACUAAUCUCACAAAAAUUCAGUCUCCUUCCACCUAAUUGAAAUUUCUCGGAGUCUUGUGGUGUGGGGCAUGUUGAGAUAUUCCUUCUAAAGUGAAGGAUAAUUUGUUACAUCUGACCCCUCCUACAACUAAAAGGGAGGCACAACACCUGAUGGACCUCUUUGGAUUUUGGAAGCAACAUAUCCCUCAUUUGGAUAUGUUACUCUAGCCUAUUUAUGAAGUGACUCAAAAGCUACUAGUUUUGAGUGGGGUCCAGAACAAGAGAAGGCUCUGCAACAGGUUCAUGCUGCUGUGCAAGCUGCUUUGCCACUUGGGCCAUGUGACCCAGCUGAUCCAAUGGUGCUCAAAGUGUCCGUGACAAAUAGAGGUGCUGUUUGGAGUCUUUGUCUACUCCUUAGGAUUUUGGAGAAAAGUCCUGCCAUCCUCUGCAGAUAACUACUUUCUUUUUAAGAAACAGCUUUUUGCUUAUUACUGGCCUUUGUAGAGACUGAACACUUAAAUCAUGGGCCACCAAGUCACCAUGUGGCCAGAGCUGCCCAUCAUGAACUGGCGUUAUCUGACGCAUAAAGUCAGACAUGUACAGCAACAUUCAAUCAUUAAAUGGAAGUGGUAUAUAUGAGAUCGGGCCUGAGCAGGAUCUGAAGGCACAAGUUGCAUGAGGAAGUGGCCCAAAUGCUCGUGGUAUCCAUUCCUGUCAUAUUACCUGCCCCUCCCAGUCUGCACCUAUGGCCUCAUAGGAAGUUCCUUAUGAUCAGUUGACUGAGACAAGCAAAAACACCUGCCUGGUUUACAGAUGGUUCUGUGUGAUAUACAGGUAAUACCAGAAAGUGGACAGCGGCAGCACUACAGCCCCUUUCUGGGACCUCCCUGAAGGACAGUGGUGAAAGGAAUUCCUCCAAAAGAGCAGGACUUUGAGCAUUGCACCUGGCUGUUCACUUUGCUUGGGACGAGACACAGUCAGAUGUGCAACUGUAUACUGAUUGAUGGGCUGUGGCUAAUGGUUUGGCUGGAUGGUCAGGGAAUUAGAAGUAUCAUGUUUGCAAAAUUGGUGACAAGAAGGUAUGGGGAAGAAGUAUGUGAACAGAACUCUCUGAAUGGGCCAAAGAAGUGAAGAUAUUUGUGUCUCAUGUGAAUACUCACCAAAGGGUGAACUCGGCAGAGGAGGAUUUUAACAAUCAAGAGGAUAGGAUGAUGCAUUCUAUGGACCAGUCCACUUCUUCCCCACUCUGUCAUUACCCAAUGGGCUCAUGAACCAAGUGGCUAUGGUGGCAGGGAUGGAGGUUAUGCAUGGGCUCAGCAACAUGGACUUCCACUCACCAAAGCUGACUUGGCUACUGCUACUGCUAAGUGCCCAGUCUGCCAGCAGCAGAGACCAACACCAAGUUCCUGAUAUGGGGCGCCAUUCCUUGAGGGCAUCAGCCAGGAACCUGGUGACAGGUUAAUUACAUUAGACCACUUCCCUCAUGGGAAGGGCAGCGUCUUGUUCUUACUGGAAUAGACACUUACUCUGGAUAUGGAUUUGCCUGCCCUGCACACAAUGCUUUUGCCAAAACUGCCAUCCAUGGACUCACAGGAUGCCUUAACCACUGUCACUUUAUCCCAUACAGCAUUGCCUCGGAUCAAGGGACUCAAUUCACAACAAAUCAAGUGUGGCAAUGGGCCCAUGCUCAUGAAAUUCAUUCAUCUUACCAUGUUCCCAAUCAUCCCGAAGCAGCCGGCUUGACAGAAUCAUGGAAUGGCCUCCUAAAGACAUAAUUAUGGUGCCAGCUGCAUGGCAAUACUUUGCAGGUUUGGGGCCAUAUUCUUUAGGAAGCUAUAUAUGCUUUAAACCAGCAUCCAAUUUCUGGUGGUGUUUCUCUCAUAGGCAGGAUUCACAGUUCCAGGAAUCAAGGGGUGGAAAAGGGAGUGGCACCACUCACUAUUACCCCUAGUGACCCACUCUAAAAAUUUUUGCUUCCUAUUCCCAUGACGCUAUGAUCUGCAGGUCUAGAGGUUUUAGUUCCAAAGGGAAGAAUGCUCCCACCUGGAGACACAACACAGAUUCCAUUGAACUGGAAGUUAAGGACGCCACCCGGCGACAUUGGGCUCCUCGUGCCUCUGGAUCAACAGGCAUUAAGAAGGGAGUUACCAUAUUGACUGGUGUGAUUCAUCCGGACUAGCAAGGGGAAAUUGGAUUGUUGCAUAAUGGAGGUAAAGAAAAGCCUGUCUGGAAUUUAGGAGAUCCCUUAGGGUGUCUCUUAGUAUUACCAUGCUCUGUGAUUAAAGUCAAUGGAAAACUAUAGCAACCCCAUUCUGACAUGACUACCAAUGGCCCAGACCCUUCAAGAAUGAAAGUUUGGGUCACUCCACCAGGCAAAGAACCACAAACAGCUGAGGGCAAAAGGAACAGGAAUGGUGAUGGAAGAAGGUAGUUCUAAAUACCUGUUACAACCACAUGACCAGUUGCAGAAAUGAGAACUGUAAUUGUUACGAGUAUUUCUUCCUUGUAUGUCUGUAUAAAAUAUUUUUGUUUUCUUCACUUAUAAAAUAUAAGAUGUAAAUGGGGCUAGUGCAUUUUGGUUGUACAAAUGUUAAUUGUAUCAUGUGAGGUGUAAGUAUGACUUUGUAACUGUCUUUACUUAGAACUUUCGCAUGGUUUAAGGAGAUGUUUAUAGGUACCAAGUUGACAAGGGGUGAAAUGUGAUGGUUAAGCCCUGUGUCAUCUUGGCUGGGCCAUGAUACUCAGUGGUUUGGCAAUUAUGUAAUGAUGUAGUCAUCCUCCAUGAUGUGAUCAGCCAAUCAGUUGUAAGGGGAGUUUUCUUGGGAGUGUGACCUGCAUCAAAUAUAUACAUGGACAUUCUGGCAAAGCUCACUUGCUCUGGAUUCUGUAUCUAGCUCAUCAUCAUCAUCUGAUCCUUGGUUCUUGGAAUUUGAGCCAGCAGGCUGCCACACUGCCUCCCAAUCUUGGGAUUCAUUAGCCUUUACAACCUGUGAGCCAGCAGCCAGCCAUCUUACCUGCUAAUCUUAGAUUCAUGAGCUAGUGGCCUGCCAUCUGACCUGUCAAUCUUGGGUUCAUCAGCCCCUGCCGCUAUGUGAGUCAGGAGAAGCCUCCAGCCUGCUACCUUAUCAAUGGACUUGGGACUUGCCAGCCUCUACAGCCACAUGAACCAUUUCCUUGAGAUAAGUCGCAACCCUUCUCUCCCUUUCUACAUAUAUAUAUAUAUAUGUAUAUAUAUGUGUAUAUAUGUAUACAUAUGUAGAGAUAUAUAUAGAUAUAUGUGUAUAUAUGUAGAGAUAUAUGUAGAUAUAUGUGUGUGUAUAUAUCUACAUAUGUAUGUAGAUGUAUAUAUCUACAAAAAUAUAAAUAUGCUUCACUGAUUUUGCUUCUCUAGAGAAUCCAGCCUAAGACAAAUGGGUUCAAAGGAGAAUUCAAAGAACUAUAUAUAUAUAUAGCUAUCAGCUGUUCAGAUUAUCUGAUUUUAUAGGAUCUUUCAUUGUGGUUAAGAGCUCAGGCUGCUAACCAAAAGGUCAGCAGUUCGAAUCCACCAGCUGCUCUGUGGAAACCCUAUGGGGCAAUUCUCCUCUAUCCUCUAGGGUCACUAUGAGUCAGAAUUGAUUCAAUGGCAAUGGAGAAUUUUUUUUUUCUCAUUGGCUUUGAGCUGUUUUUUAACUCUGUAAAUUGUAGGGUGCUGAGAGAAUUGGAAAUGAUUCUUGUUCACAGAAACGCAAAUUGUAUCUGGGUCAGGUGACUCCUACCCUGUGGGUAUUGACCAGUGUUGCCAGUUUUGUAUGCCUUAAGCAAAUAUAUGUCAGCAUCACCAGUGGACAUGAAUUUUGACUACUGCCUUACACCACACAUAAAAAUCAACUCUGGUUAGAUUAUAGAUCAAAAUUUAAACUGUAAAAAAACAAUUCCAGAAGAUCUUCACAACCUUGGAGUAGGGAACGGUGGCUUAGACAAAACAGCAAAAGUAUCAAGCCUAGAAGACUGUUAAAUUCAACUCCAUUAAAACUCAGAACUGGUGUUUAUCAAAAUGUUGCUGGGUGGAAUCCCCAGUUUCUGCUUGAUGUGACUUGUCUCAGCCAAUAAAUGAGAGACUGAAGUGGGAGAGGAGAAAGGCACCUUUAUUUGGUUGCAUGAGGAAAGGAGUAGUUGGGGCUGCUGCCACCAAGACGGCUCAGUGGAGGCAAGGGGAAGGUUAUUUUUAAGGGGUUUACAGGUAGGAAGUUCAUACAAGUUACAGCAGCAAGAUUCUUAAUCAUACUAUGCAGGCGCAAUGGGGUUUACAUAUAAUUUCAUGCAUCAAGUGUUCAUAAAAUGGCAGUUAAGCUCCACUCAGGGGCAGGAAGUUACUAUGCAUGAGGUACUUUAAUAAGCUAAGAGGUUAUCCUGAAGGUCAACAUGAGGCCUAAACCAGUUUCCGUCAGUUUCUUCUAGUUUGGGGGCAGCAGUUAAGGAGAGGGGAACCAGGAUUUUAAUGUCAAUUUACAGGGCGUGCCAGGCAAGUUGCUUGAGGCAGUAGAAUUUUCCACAGCCUGGGGACCUCUGUCUUAAAAAGACAUAAUUAGAAGAGUGAAAGAGCAAGCCACAGAUAGAAGAUGAUAUUUACAAUAAUAUAUCUGACAAAGGACCUCUGACAUAAUGAGAAUGUGUUACUCCAGAUGAAUAAGAGACAAGCAAUCCAAUAUGAAAAAAAUGUGUAUAUUUCAUGAAUAAGCACUUCACGAAAGUAUAUCCAAAUAGCCAGCAAAUCAGCUAUCCAUCAGUACCCACUCAUUAUUCAUAACGGAAAACGCAAAUUAAAAUCACAAUGAGAUACCACUACACACCUAUUAACCCAAACUCAGACCCAUUGCAUUGAGUCGAUUCUGAUUCAGCGACCCUGUAGGACAGAGUAGAACUGCCCCAUAGGGCUUCCAAGGAACAACUGGUAGAUUCAAACCACCAACCUUUUGGUUAGCAGCCGAGCUCUUUACCACUGCACCACCAGGGUUCCACACAACUAUUAGAGUGACUAAAAUUAAAAGUUCUAACAAUACUAAGUGUUGGCAAGGAUGUAAAGUAACUGACAUACUAGUUGUUUAAACCAGUACGAAGUACAAAGCUACGUUCUAAAAAUGUAUGGCACUAUAUACUAAAGUUAAACACACGCACAUCGUUAUGACCUAGGAAUUGCACUCGUAAGUGUAUACCUGACAGAAAUCAUGCAUGUGUACACCAAGAGACAUGCAUAUGAGUUUUCACAGUGCUAGUAUUCACAAGAGCCAAAAACUAAAAACAGCUCUGUAGUGCAUCUACUGAAGAACUGAUAAAUUGUGUUGUAUUUAUACGAUGAAACACUAUGUAGCAAUGACAAAUGACUCAGCUACAACUACAUGUAACAACAUGGAUGAAUGUCACAAGUACAAGCUGAGCAAAGGACGCGAAACAGACACACACACAUACACUGUAGGUAUGUAUCCCAUAUGUAUAUAUCUACAUCUACCUGUCUACUUAUAAUGUAAUGACAUUUAUAUCACGUUCACAAAUUGGCAGAAGCACUCUAUUUGUGGUUUCUUCUAGGGAGUGGUUCUGUCACCCCAGAGGGUCAUAGAAAUGUGCUGGGACAUCUUGUAUCAUCACAGUUACUGGCGUGCAGGCAGGGGUGGGUCAGGGAUGCUAAACAUACUGCAUUGGCCAGAACAGACUCACCCAAUGAAGGGCUGUCCUGCCAAAAAUACCAAUCAUUCCCACUAGAAACUCUGCCUGAAUUCUAACACAUGGGUCCACAAAACUUUUGCAAGGAUGUUCACUGCAGCAUUGAGCUUAUUAGCAAAGGGGGGAAAGGGAGUAAAGAAAAUGAUAUAAAUGUCCAUUAAUAGGAAGGUAUUUAUAAAAAAAAAAUUUUUUUUUUUUAUAUAGAUAAAACACAUGUGAGACAUUUGUUGGACGGAAUAGUAUAAGAAGGUGAAAUGGAAUGGAACACAUAUACAUAAACAUGGAUGCACUUAGUAGCCAACGUAGUAUGAAAAAAAUAAAAUGUAGACCAAUGCAUAUUCAGUAAUAUCAUACAGUAAAACCUGUGAGAGCCAAAACUCAGGGGAACGGCUUUGUGUUUUCCAGGUCUUGCAAGUUUUCUUCCUUUGACAGGGUGUAGUUUCACCACUUUUCUAUCACUUGUUUUUGUGGAAAAUAUUUGUGUUUUCCUUCUCUGACAGGUUUCUACCUUACACAUGUUCCAGCUUUUGCAGGUUUUACUGUAUAUUAAGAUGGACGGAUGAACAAGUAGAUAAAUAAAAAAUGUAUAUAUAGUUUAUCCAUCUGUCUACAAGCAAAGCAAAUAGAUGGAUAAACUGUUAGAUGAACAGAUGGAUGGGUGGACGGACGGAUGGAUGAAUGAAUGGAUGAAAAGACAAAUGGAUGGAAGUAUUAAGAAUGGAUUAAAAAAAAAUCUCAAAGUCAGGGGAGAAACGGCCUGAUGAUAGGGAAAACAAAGGCUGAGGGACUGAGACAGGGAAAGGCAGUUUAGUUCUUUUUUUUUUAAGAUUAGAAGUGCCACUCUACUGGGCACAAAUGUAAAAGCGGGCUUGCCCUACUGUAGAGAGACACAGGCAUAUUCAUAUAUCCACGGUCCAUAUGUGAUAUACUUACAAAGAAUACAUAAUAAUAAAAAAAAAAAAAUGGGGAAAGGAGGUGGAGUCAACAUGGCACUUUAGACAGAAGCACCAUGCUGUCCCUCUGCAACAAAGACCUGAAAAGCUAAGUAAAACAGAUACAAACAUCAGUCCUGGGACCCUAAACAUCAAAUGAAGGGAUAAAGAGCUAGAUCAAGUACCGAAUGGAAGAAGAAACUGACAGAGAAUGAGGAGAGCAACAAAGUGGAGGUUCCCUGCCAGCGACUGCAGCUUGGCUUCACCAUGUUAGAGCACAGCACCGACGACUCCAGACAGGGAGUACAGGAAGGCCACAUCACAGAGCUCCCAACAGGAGAAAGAGCACCUGGUAACCAGAGAUAUAAGCUUUCCCAUGCUCACCCUUCUGCCCUGUACACUGUCUCCACCAAUUUCCAACAGGCCACAGUCACUCGGCCAGAGAGACACUAACUCACUGCCAACCCAUGUCCGCCCUGCACCCACCAGCCUGGUCCCUCAGCACCAUAUUUUUUUCUUUCUCUUUCCCUUUCUCUCUUUUCCUUCUCCUUCUCACCUAGCCCUCUGAGCUGCCUCCACCCUUCCCUGAUAGGCUAUGCUGUGCAACUCGAUGAGAGAGACACCAGCUUGCCACCACCCAGUCCAUCCCGCCUCCAACAGCUGGUUCCCUCAGCGCCAUAUUUUGUUUCUUCUCUCACCCAUCCUUUCUUUCUUUUCUCUCACUUACCUAGCCCCAUAAGCCACCUCAGCCCUAUUUCAAUGGGGUAUGCCACACUGCUCGGUUAGAGACCAACAGCACAUGCUUCCCUGGGUCUGCCUCGCCCCCACGCACUGGCUCCCAUUGCACUGCCAUUUGUGUGGUGUGUGUGUACUUUUUAUUUAUUUAUUUAUUGCUUUUGUUUUUCUCUCUUCUUUCUCUCUCCCGCCUAGCUCCGCACAUCAUAUCCUCUCCCUUCCAUCCUGCCUCUGCACACUGCCCACAGAGAACUACGCUAGAGCAGCACCUGCAAGGACCUCCAGACCCUGCCCUGCCCUGUCCCCUGACCCCACCCUGCUGAGUCCCUGGGCAGCACUGGUGGCAGACCUCCAGCUCCAUGGGCCCCACCCUGUGCCGCCCUCAACCUGCCCUGCUGAGAGCUGUGCUCCUGAGUGGCACUGGUUUGGACCUCCAGGCCCCACCCCCAGCUCCACACCACCUAGUGCCACACCCUCAAGCAGGAGGACCGGCACAGAUCCCUAGCCCCACACCACGCCCCCAGCCUUGCUCCACUGAGCACUGCAUUCCUGACGGGACUGGUGUGGACACCUGGAACCUUGGACCCCACUCCACACCAGCUCCACCCCAUCAAGUACUGCAUCCCUGAGUGGGACUGGUGUGGACCCCCAGAACCCUGCACCCUGCCCUGCACCACCACCUGGCCCUGCCUCACCAAGCAUCACAUCCCCAAGCAACACAGGCACGAACACCCCGGACCUCACCCGGCAUACACAUCUGGAUACCUGAUCCUGCCUUGUGUGACUCUCCAGCCCCACACCCCAUGUGAGACUGGAGCAGAUCUCCAGACCCCUGGCCCCGCCAUGCCAUCCCCAGACCCACCCACCAGCCCAAGUUUGUGCUGCAGACAAAUGACCCAUCUUCUCCCUCCCCUCUGCUGGACCUGGCCUGCUGCACCAUAGCUGAGGGACUGGCCCUGUCCAGUUGGACAAGGUGGUGAGAACUAUCAUGCCCACAGAUAAACAAGCAACAAAACAUGCCCAGCUUGCCUGCCCGGGCAUUACCAAAUAAAAAAAGGAUGAAGCAAACAAACCUAAAAUCAAUAAAUGAAGAAAAUAAUUCCUGAAUGUCUUGGAGACAGCAGACACUAUCAAAACAUAUUUUACAAAAGGACAGGAUGCCUAGUAAGCGACCAAAAUAAAACACCAGAUAACCUUUCAGUAGAAGAAAAGGCACUGGAGCUACCUGAUACAGCAUUCAGAAGUCUAAUAUUCAGGGUUCUCCGAGAGAUUAGGAAAGAGAUCAAGGAAAACUAAGGAAAAAACAGGCAAAAUCAGGGAAAACACAGAUAAAGUAAUGCAAGAAUUUAGGAAAAUAAUACAGGAACAAAAUGUCAAAACAAGUAAACAACUAGAAAUCAUACAAAAACAUACAAUUAGAAAUCCAAAUGAUAAACAACAAGAUUUCAGAAAUGAAAAUGCAAUAGAAAGUUUUAGGAGCAAAUUUGGAACAAUGGAAGACAGCAUCAGUGGACUUGAAGACAAAUCCUUGGAUACCACUUUGAGGAAAAAUCAGAGAAAAGAAGGAAGAAAACCUUAGAACUAUGUGGGAUAAAAUCAGGAGCAAACAUUUGCACGUGAUCAGAGUUCCAAAACGGGGAGAGAAUGGAAAACACACAGAAGAUCAUUGAUGAUUUGCAGUUUGAAAAAAAAAUCCCCAGUAUCAUGAAAGAUGAAAAGCUGACUAUCCGAGAAGUUCAAUGAACCACAUAUGGUAGAGCCCAAAAGAAAGUCACCGAGACAUCAUAAUCACAUCGCCAAAACCAAAGACAAAGAAAGAAUCCUAGGAGCAGCACGAGAAAAAUGAAAAAUCAUAUACAAAGGGGAAACAAUUAAACCAAACUCUGAUUACUUGGCUGAAACCAUGACGGUAAGAAAGCAAUGGGGUAACAUAUAAAACCUUGAAAGAAAAAACUUGCCAAGAAUAAUAUAUCCUGCAAAACUCUCACUCAAAUAUGAUGGCAAAAUUGGAAUAUUUCCAGAUAAACAGAAAUUAAGGGAAUAUGCAAAAAGCAAACCAAACUUACAAGAAUUAUUAAAGGGAGUCCUUCUGUUAGAGAACAAAUAACAUCAGACAACAACCUGAACUGAGGACAGAGAAUAGCAUUGGCAAGAUACCAACCUAAGCAAUGAACUCUCAUGGAUAAAACUAAAAGAUUUAUAACAGGUAACCAGAGACAUCAAUCUAAAUGACAACAAUGUCAGAACAAUAAAAGAGGGAUUAAACAGUGUAAGAACAGAACUUUCAAAUGAUAUCAAGUAACGAAAGGGAUUAGGAAGAUGGGGUAAAUUUCAAGGUAAUCACAAAGAAAGUUAACAAACAUACUUAUAAAAAUAAAGAAGAAAAACAUAAGGUCUCAGUAAACACAAAAUCUAUAAGAAUGAAAGAAAUGAAAGGAAAAUCCACAAAGAAAAGGUGUUCAGCACAGGAGAGUAAGAGGAACAAAGAAAAUGUCAAUACCACAAAAAAUAAAAUAAAAAGCACUACAAAAUGAUAGCAAUUAACUCACCUACUAAUAAUCACACUGAACAUAAAUGGCUUAAAUGCACCCAUAAAGAGACAGAGAGAGAAUGAAAGAAUGGAUUUAAAAAAAAAAAAAACACGACCCACCAA